UUCUGUGCAGCAUGUUAGACCCUGAGGGCAGUGCGGAGCGCAAAGUUAAUUCUUCGUUCCCCAAAGUUUUCCUCGUCCUUGUAGCUAUGCUCAUCGUUUUAGCAGUGUGGCUCUUGCUAGCUUUUUCUGCCUCAGAGCAGAAAGAGAGUAAUUUUUACUCUUUUAAAGUGGUGAAUAUCAGAGGCAAGCUGGUCUCUCUGGAGAAAUACAGAGGCUCGGUGUCCUUAGUUGUCAAUGUUGCAAGUGAGUGCGGCUAUACUGACAGCCAUUACAAAGCCCUACAGCAGCUACAGCGAGAACUGGGCCCAUAUCAUUUUAAUGUGCUCGCGUUCCCAUGUAAUCAGUUUGGGCAGCAAGAACCAGAUAGCAACAAAGAAAUUGAGAGUUUUGCUCGAAAAACAUAUGAAGUCUCCUUCCCUAUGUUCAGCAAGAUUGCAGUGACAGGCACCGGUGCAAAUGCAGCCUUCAAAUAUUUAGUUGAAUCCACUGGUAAGGAGCCAACCUGGAACUUCUGGAAGUACUUGGUAGAUCCCACUGGGAAAGUAGUGAAGGCUUGGGAUUCUACUGUCACUGUUGAAGAAAUAAAACCUUAUGUCACUGAGCUUGUCAGGGAUAUCAUCCUGAAGAAAAAAGAUGAACUGUAAUUUUUAAAAAAACUCUGUCAUUUUUGUACCUUUAAGUAUCAUUUGUACAAUUCUUUUAGCUAUUCACAUUCCUGAGAGAAAAUGUAGUGAAGAGAGAGCUUCUGCAACAUUGGCUAGUCCUCAUCACUAACUAAAGGUAUUUUGUUUUGUACUCAAUCCAUUAUUUUGUCUUGUCCCUUUCAUAGAGUUUUAAUGAGGUGUUUUGACCAGAUUAUAUUGCCUACCUCCUUUCCAUAAAAAGCUUUAGUUGUCCAUUUUCAUAUAUUAAGCCUUUAUUAAAAGGACAGUGCAUUUUUCUCUAGAUCUUUUGGUAACUCUACUAAUGAAACUGACAGGCUUGUGCUUUUUAAAAUUGUGCAGAGGUGAGGGGGAGCCAUCUCAUCAGCACUGCAGGGAGCAGUAAUAUUAAAAGCAUUGUGUGAAAUUGACAUAACUUCCCCACACAUGGGAAGAUAGCUUUUUCAGAGAAUCUGCUGAGAAUCCACUAAAACUAACAUCACUUUUGAGUUUCACCAGUCUUCUAUGAGUUACAGCGAAAAACAAAUGGCGCUGGGUCUGGAAAGGGCUACCUUUCAUUUCCCUUUUCAUGAGGACUAGGUAAUACACAAUGUCCACUGAACAAGGCUAAUGCUUGUGUAGUGCUGGUAAAAGAAAUAAAAUCACUUGUUAUUUCUGUUUGGAAGAAUUAAUGACUUUGUUCUAUAAUAAACAUAUUACUGCAAUGAA